AUGCUGUCCGUUCUGAUUUUGAUCGCUCAGCUGGCAAAUCUAGCGGUUGCAACAUGCCCGACGAGCCAAGUCUCAACAGAUUGCGGUUUCGUGAGCAUCUUCUGGGGCUGCAUCAUCACGGGAGCGCCUGGCGACACGUUUAGCCUUGGCGUGAAGACGAACGUGACACUGGUGAAACGAUGCGAAGAGAAUGCUGAAAACUGCGUGUGCGGCACCGACGAGGUUCUCUACGCGUCCACCCAACAGUGCCGCCCAAAGGCUCAAAUGACGUCAGACUGUAUGAAGCAGCUUCAGGAACGGCUGACCGGUGCUGUAACAAUUUCACCGAAGGGCGCCGAUGACCUAAUUAACUCCAUCAACGAGCAGACAAUACACCAGUCAUCGCCGGUUUGCUUUUGUGGUUAUGACGAUCGCGGCUCCUACAAUGGCAGCUGCGUCCAGAAAAGCCAAGCCACCGCCGAUUGCGCUAUCGUAAUAUCAUAUCAGCCUGCCUCACCAAUCGGCUACCCACCACCCAACAAUGCGUCCAAGUCAAAAAGAACCGGCAGCGCAAAAACGGUUAAUGUUUGCGAUGCUGGCGACUGCUAUUGCCCAACAGGAUUCGUUGAGACGGCCGAUGGAGAUUGCGUCACCAGCAUUGAAGCGAUGAACCGGUGCACGGCCAGCUUUGCCGCCGUCAAUCAGGCAUGUGAAUCCAAUGAAACGCUGCUACCCUGUGCUGAUGCCGUCACCGUCUUCAUGGGUUGCGCCUCAUCUCCGCCGGUCGCCAACCAGUUCAGCGCGCUUGCCCAAGCGAGCUAUCAACCGAUGAAGUUGGUUGCCGCGAAAGCUGCGGCGAUACUCGUUGACAUCAAGCGUGGCGACUGCAAACAGGCUAACGAGCUUCGCUGCAGCUGCAUUUCCGGAUACGUAAAAGACUCGGCUUCACAACGGUGCAUCUCCCGGGCAACUGCCAUUGCAACAUGUCCC